CUCCCUUCGAAACUUUCCACUUUCCAUCUUUUAUGCAACCUUCUUCGAACCUUCUACGAACAAAAGCAACAAAUCAACUUUCCUUUCUACUACCAACAUCAUCAUCGAAAUUCGAGGACCUCCAUAAUCUCGGUAGGUACCCCCCGUACCUGGACAAAAUGCCAACGCCUCGAGUCCUCAAGCUUGCAUCAUGAACCUUGGUCCGAAGCCGAACCAGAACUCGAACCCGAACUCAUCAUGGCGCCAAAGACUUGCUCAAAAGCCCUCUCCACCAAUAUCCUAAAUCUUUUCGCCGGCACACAUCAGUCAUGUCCCUCAUCACGAUUGCCUUUCUCGAGCUCUGGCUCGAGCUCUGUGCAAAGAAGGAAGUAUGCAGUCAUCAACGAGGGCCAAACAAAGUCGACCGAUAACCCCCGAGACCGCUGCUACAGUGCUACUUUCUGGCCUUCCCAUCCGAACCCUACGCCAUACGAUAUUUUCGCCUUGGACAGGUCAACCCCUUACACCAAGGCCCGCUUCUACGACCUCGUCAAGCUCUAUCAUCCCGACCGCCACGGCCAUACCCAGAUCCACUCGCACUCCCACCCGCACUCCCACCCCCACACCCAUACCCACGCCCAGUCACCACUCUCAUCCGCAACCCGCCUCGAACGCUACCGCCUCGUCAUCCUCGCCAACGACAUAUUAAGCGACCCCGCGAAACGGCGCGCCUACGACGCCUGCGGCGCCGGCUGGACGCACCACCACGAGCGCGACGCCGUCCGCGACCGCACCUGGCGCCACCACCCGGACAGCGCCGCCCACAACGCGACCUGGGAGGACUGGGAACGGUGGCACGCGCGGCGGCGCAACGGCGAAGAAGGAGGCGACAAACAACAACAACAACAACCCGUGUUCAUGUCCAACGCGCACUUCGUGGCCCUCGUGCUGGCCGCCAUCGCCGUCGGCAGCGCCCUGCAGGCGUCGAGGGCCCGCGAGAGCGCGACGGCCGUGCUGGGGCGCCGGGAGGCCAUUGAGAGCGAGAUCGGAUACACACUGGCGCGGCAAAAGGCGGAGCGGAGCGGGCAGGGGAGGGAGGAGCGGAUUGAGCGGUUUUUGAGGGAUCGGGAGAAUUGGGCUUUCGGGUUUGCGCCGCGGAGAUACGAUGAGGAGCCGCCGGGGUCGUCGGCGAGGAGGGAACGUGCUUCGCGGCAUCAGAAUGGGGGGUGACGCUGUUUCCGCAUGAUGCAGAUUUGCGAGCUGUUCGGAUACGCUACAUGAUAACGAUUUUUAUGUCCGCAUUGGGAAGGUGAGGCAAGGAGGAAUUAUAUAGGUGGCUCACGAGCCACCUCAAGAUGUCGACCACAGUGCAGCCGGGUAGCCACCGUACGGGCUUUAUUGUAUCACAGGUAGGCUACUUUCUACCCAACUUUCCGUCAGCCACCGUAGGGUAUGGUAUGUAUUAUAUAUUGGCUCCUAGAU